ACAAAAUGCCACAGUGGUUAGUAAUUGGAAUUUCGGGAGUGACGUGCGGUGGCAAAACAACACUGGCACACAAUUUACGAGACUAUUUUCAAAACUAUCGCAAUGCCACGCUUUGGAACACACCGUACACCGUUAGUGAUGUACAACUAAUAUCGCAGGAUGAUUAUUUUCUGCCAGUCGAUGAUUUGCGACACAAGUGGGUGGAACCAUUGAAUGCUAUUAAUUUUGAGCUGCUCACAUCUUUGGAUAUGAAACAAAUGCUCUCUGACAUAACAUGGACAAUGAAGGGUCGCUACUUGGCUGGUGAUCCCAUGGAGAACGUUGACUACAACAAUGACAUGACCCUUUACAGUGGUAAAUUGGACCACUUUCCCACACAAACACAACAGUACAACACCAACUACAUUGGUCAGCAACACCAGGCGCCACACCAUGACAAUAUUCACAACAUUUCAUCGAAAUCGGUGCACAACAAGUAUGCCUAUCAUCAGCAUUUCUCCCACAACACCUCAUCCCAUCAUAGUGUAAGCAACAAUUCGAAUCAGAAUCAUUCAACAGCACACAUAAUGCGCAUUAACUCACAGAUGAUGACCCAAAUGAGGGACAAUAAAAUAAACAUCUUGAUUAUAGAGGGUUUCAUGAUUUUUAACCAGCCUGAGCUUCUGACGCUGUGCAACAUCAAAUUUCACUUUCAUCUGCCCUAUGAAAAGUGCUUCGAACGCCGACGCAAACGUACCUAUGAUCCUCCAGAUGUUGUCGGCUACUUUGAGAUGUGUGUGUGGCCCCACUACGAGAAGAACUUUAUGGAGUUUCGAGAUCGCAAGGAUAUAACAUUUUUAAAUGGGGAAAUAGCCAAGGACAAAAUUUUUAAAUACGUCUUGAAGCGCAUCUCUCAAUACUUUGAAGAACGUUGUGAUGUUGCUUGUCCUCCGCCUCAGAAACUACUGGGCAUACCGAGUUGCAGCAAUGGUAAUAUGACGAAUCCCUCUCUUCAAACAUGUCCAAUGGAGCAGCAGUGAACA